AUGUACGAAGGCGAGUCUGAGGUCGACUCUUCACGAUACGCCUCGGACGACUCGAUGCCUUCCGCGCCGGAGGCUGGGCCAUCGAGAUCGAGGAUGCACCGCACUUCUGAGGACCCUUUUGCGAGAAAGACGAGGACGAAGCGGCGCAACCUGCAAGAGAUUAUGAACACCAAUCCAGGUAGCAUUUUUCCCUGGGACGAGAUUCUGUUCUAUGUGCCCGAGUGGCUUCCGCCUGUUAUCAGGCAACACAUCUUGCGGCGGAUUGGGACGACUCCACAUGUGCAGUGGGCGCAUGCGAUCAUCUCCUACCGCGGGGAGUCCUCGGCCCAGCGGAGAGAACUGCAGCGCUUGCCCAACGUUCGCGCCAAGGAGACGUUCAUCCUGUACCCCGACUGGCUGGCACGCGUGUUCUUCUCCGGCCUCAUUGUCGAUCCGCCGCGGUACUUAGUGUGGAAGGACCAGAACCCCCUCAUCGCAAUGAGCGACCUCGGGAGUGCGAACGACAACCUCAAAACCAUGGUUGCGCUCGAGGUGCUUUGUGUUGCCGACGACAACCCUCUGCUGGACAUGGAUGAGGCGGACAUACCAUCUCAGCUGGAUCAUGUGCGCUUCAUGCCCGUAUGGAAAUUCCAUCAGUUACGCGGCUGGGCACGGAAGUCGUUCUUCGAGCGCCAGGCUGAGAUUGCGGAGGAAGAAGAGGAGGACAGGAUCGAGGAAGAGAUGCGCCGCGCCGCGCGGCAGGGAAAGCGCGUCGUCGCGCGUCCUGCGAAGCAUUCGAAGAAGCUGAAGUCGUCGCACAACGCGGCCCCGAAGGCAGCGCCAUCCUCGGCUGCUCAGACGGAGGCUUCGGCUGAGCCUACGCCCGCGGCUCCGAAGCCGACGCGACCCGGCUCGAUCGGAUAUAACAACGAGACAUGGCAGACGCGCCUGAGCGAGAAGGAGCGUCGUCUGCUCGGUAUCUGGCUUGCCUGGCACUGUCCCGACGGCAAGGGACGGACGUCGAUCCACCUCUUCAAGGCGAUGACGAAGCACAACUUCCACGAUCCGGAAUGGACGGAGCUCGCCCGUGGACGCUCCGCUGGCGCGUGGCGUGACUGGUACAGGAAGUUCUACAAGCUCCCCUUCCCCGAUGGACGAAGCUUCGGCGACCGUAUCGAGGAGUGGGUCGAGGAAGUCGACGGGUGGGAGAGCGUCGAUAGCGCACUCGGCGACUAUAAGGAAGCAGGGAACAGCCAGGACGGAGCUGCACCUAGGAAGCGCAGGGCUACCACGCCUGAGCGUCCCGAGCGAGUCGCACCAAGGAAGCGCAGAACUGCUACUACUGAACGCUCCGAGCCGCCCGCGUCUCGGAAGAGGAAGGCUGCUUCCGUCGAAGACCAGGACUAUGCUCCCAAAAGCAAAGUCAAGACGCCGUCGCGGAGGAUGAGCACGCGCCGGACGGCGACACCGGCGGCAGGGACAUUGGCAACGCCGGGCACGCCUAACAGGCAUCGUCAGCUUGUCGUUGAGAUCCCCCUGAGGCGGUCAAUGUCGAGGCGCCCAGCCUGA